UUUUUAUAUUUUAGAUAUAGAUUUUGAUCGCAAACUCCAUCUAAGAAAAUGAGAGGAAAUCGUCCCACUGAGUUCCCAGAUGACUUCUGGAUCCCCGUCCCUCUGGACACCAACAAUAUCACAGCCUUCAGCCCAUACCUGGUUCCCCAGGACCAUUUAGGAAGCCCGAUGAUCUUUUAUUCCAUGUCAGCAUUUAUGUUCUUCUUGUGGGUGGCCGGCACAAUCAUCAAUGUCCUCACUAUCGCAUGUACUGUCCAAUACAAGAAGCUCCGGUCUCAUCUAAACUACAUCCUGGUGAACCUGGCUGUUGCGAACCUCCUCGUCUCCUCUGUGGGCUCUUUCACCUGCUUCAUCUGUUUUGCUUUUAAAUACAUGUUCCCUGGUCCAAUUGCAUGCAAGAUUGAAGGAUUUACAGCAACUCUUGGUGGUAUGGUUAGCUUGUGGUCUCUUGCUGUGGUAGCAUUUGAAAGAUGGUUGGUUGUGUGCAAGCCACUUGGGAACUUUGCCUUCAAGUCCAGCCACGCUAUAGCAUGCUGUGGAUUGACUUGGGUCUGCGGUCUGAGCGCUGCACUUCCACCUCUGUUUGGAUGGAGCAGGUAUAUCCCAGAGGGCAUGCAGUGUUCCUGUGGCCCAGACUGGUACACAACAGGCAACAAGUUUAACAAUGAAACCUACGUGAUGUUCCUCUUCUGCUUCUGCUUUGCUGUCCCUUUCUCCACCAUCGUCUUCUGCUACUCACAGCUGCUGUUCAUGCUGAAAGCGGCAGUAAAGGCCCAAGCAGAGUCUGCCUCUACCCAGAAGGCAGAGAAGGAAGUGACCAGGAUGGUGGUGAUUAUGGUGCUGGGCUUUCUGGUGUGCUGGAUGCCAUAUGCCUCCUUUGCCAUCUGGGUUGUGAAUAACCGUGGGCAGCCAUUCGACCUGAGACUGGCCACCAUUCCUUCCUGUUUCUCAAAGGCCUCCACAGUCUACAACCCAGUCAUUUACAUCCUCCUCAAUAAGCAGUUCCGCUCGUGUAUAAGGCAGAUGCUGGGAAUGAGCGGAGGUGACGAUGAAGAGUCAUCAAGUCAAUCCACCACUGAAGUCUCUAAAGUUGCACCUGCAUAGGUUACUCGUGCCCAAUUUGGACAGCUCGCAUACUGAACAUAGCACAGAAAUGCUAAUAAUGUGACAAACGUAUU